AUAAUAAUAUUUUGUCAGAAAUAACCAAGGAUCAAUCCUUCAAUAGGGAUUGGAAGGACUUGAUCCUUGACCUUCUCUUUCUUCCUCUCUCUCUCUAUCUCUCCUCCCUCGCUCUCUCUCAAUCUCUUCUCCGUUUGCGUUCUCUUCUCCUUCUUCUCUCUUUUUUUUUUUGAAAAAUUCUUCUCCUUCUUCUCGUUACGGACUCGUCGGAGACCGAAUCGCACCGGACGGUUUGAGUAAAUCGGAGCUGAUUUGAUGGAGAGUAAAUCAGAGCUGAUUUAAUGAGAGUAAAUUGGAGCUUGUACGUCUCUGGGAGAUCACGGCGAGGGAAGCUCCCUCACGACUGUAACGGGACGAUCUGUAACAGUUGAAGUGGAUCAGGAACUGCUGUAACAGUUGAAGUGGAUGAACAAGGUACAUGCACAUAACUUGUUUGAUGAAAUUACUCAGAGAAUUUUUUUAAUCAGCUAAGAGGUUUAUUCUAAAUCAUUGCAGAGUUAGUCUGAAAUAAUACUACUAUUUUGUUAAUAUAGUUUUAAGAAAGACAAAAGUAGUGUUUAUUCAAUGAUUAUACAAGAGAUUGAGCCGGAAAAUAAUGCAAAAGGUUCAUUGAAACGUAAAGGAAGCCGAGCUGAGCCGAGGCAAGACCUAAAGAAAGCCAAAGUCAUCUUUAAAAUAAUUAAAAUUCCAGACACCGUGUGGUUCCCACCACCAGCCUGUCCGAAAACCCAAACCUGUUUUGAUACACAACAUAGACCAGACACCAGCCAAAUUCACACAUCUCUCUCUCUCUCUCUAUCUUUCUUCUUUCUUGGCCGUCUCUCACACCCACUCUCGGUAACCGACGAUUCAAGUAAUAAGAAUAAACAGCAUAUCCUCCAAGAAAAGGCAUUUUCAAUUUAUUCCUUCAAGAGAGAUUAAUCCCAAUCUGAGCACCAUGGAUCGCUGCAUCUAUGGUUGCUCCAUCGUAUCUUUCUUACUCCUCCUCACUGCAUCGGCUUUGCCACAAAGUCUCGAACCGGGUCACCACAACAUAACCGGGUCUGGAGGUCAAAUCAACUCAAACUCAGUCCUCGUAGCUCUCCUCGACUCUCGUUACACCGAGCUCGCGGAGCUCGUCGAGAAAGCUCUCCUCCUCCAAACACUAGAAGACGCCGUCGGUCGUCACAAUAUCACAAUCUUUGCCCCUCGCAACGAAGCCUUAGAGCGUGACCUUGACCCGGAUUUCAAACGGUUCUUGCUCCAACCGGGCAACCUCAAAUCUCUCCAGACACUACUCUUGUCCCACAUUAUCCCCACUCGUGUCGGGUCAAACCAAUGGCCCGAAGAUAAUUCCGGACGGGUCAAACACGUCACGCUAGGCCGCGACCAAGUGCUGCAUUUGAGCAAAACCAAAGGUAACGGGAAGAGACUGGUGAACUCCGCCGUGAUAACCCGACCCGAUGAUUUGACCCGACCCGACGGGUUGAUCCACGGGAUCGAACGGCUUUUAAUCCCUCGCUCGGUGCAAGAAGAUUUCAACCGGCGGAGAAACCUCCGGUCAAUCUCCGCCGUGUUACCCGAAGGAGCUCCGGAGAUCGACCCGAGAACAAACCGUCUCAAGAAAUCCGCCGCCGCCUCCGUCGCGGUACCCGCCGGAUCCCCACCGGUUCUCCCGAUCCAAUCCGCCAUGGCUCCAGGUCCGUCGCUAGCUCCGGCGCCGGCUCCGGGACCCGGAGGUCCACGUCACCAUUUCAACGGCGAGGCUCAGGUCAAAGAUUUCAUCCACACGCUGCUGCACUACGGCGGGUACAACGAGAUGGCGGAUAUUCUCGUGAACCUGACGUCGCUCGCGACGGAGAUGGGACGGUUGGUGUCGGAAGGCUACGUCCUCACCGUGCUAGCUCCCAACGACGAGGCUAUGGCGAAACUGACGACGGAUCAGUUGAGCGAGCCCGGGGCUCCGGAGCAGAUAAUGUAUUACCACAUUAUACCGGAGUAUCAGACGGAGGAGAGUAUGUAUAACUCGGUUAGGAGAUUCGGGAAGGUGAAGUAUGAAACGCUGCGUUUUCCUCAUAAAGUUGCGGCGAAGGAAGCUGAUGGUUCGGUUAAGUUCGGUUCUGGUGACCGGUCUGCUUACUUGUUCGAUCCGGAUAUUUACACGGCCGGUCGGAUUUCGGUUCAGGGGAUUGAUGGUGUCUUGUUCCCUGAGGUGGAAGAAGAGACGGUUAAGAAACCGAGUGGUUCGGUUAAGAAAGUUGUUCAGACAAGAAGAGGGAAGUUGCUGGAAGUAGCAUGUAGAAUGCUUGGAGCAAUUGGCAAAGACUCAUAUAUAAGCAAAUGCUGAAUGAAUUCACAAACCCUAAGAGAUUACUGAAGCCAAAUCUCUAAAGUGUUAUCCUUAAACACGUACAAAAGGUUGUUAGGAGAAACAAAUGAAGAUUUGGAAGAGGCAAAAAAGAGUGGAACAUCAAUGCUCAAACCAUUCUUCAAAGGAAUAUGAAAGAGGAACUUGUGUUUCUAUAUAUAAAAAAAAAUGUUUUUGGGCAGUUUGAUUUUUGGGAUAUAAAAAUUGUAAUUAGUUAUAUGAACUCAAUUUUUAAUUGACUUGGUGUAUGGAAAAAGUGAAUUAUAAAGUGGGAAACAAAAUAAAAAGACGUGAGAACCCACAACCUUUUCUCUUCU